AUGGUGAUAAUAGCCAGCAAAGUUCGAGUGCGAAACGAAGAAGAAAUUCCGAUUAUCCACGAAAAACCGAAGCCAAAAAAGUGCGAUGAUGACUGCUAUUACGUAAUAUCAUUAGCAUUGGCCAAACUUGGGCUGAUUAUGAUGUAUUUCUUUAUUUGCGACAGAACGACGCUCUUCAUGAACGAGAGCAAAUACUUUAGUUUUGUUACCUUCCUCGUACUAUUGGGUAUUGUGAUGGCACUUGGCCUAUUAUUCACAAGCAAUUCACGACAUACAACUUUGCUGCAUCGAGACCAAACCGAUGAAUGGAAGGGCUGGAUGCAGUUGAUUAUUCUCAUCUACCACAUCACUGGCGCGAGUAAAAUACUACCUAUUUACAUGCAUAUCCGAGUACUGGUUGCUGCAUAUCUUUUUCUGUCAGGAUACGGCCAUUUCUCAUUUUUUUGGAACAAGGGAACGUACGAGUUUCACCGCGUUUUUCAGGUCUUAUUCCGCCUCAACCUGUUGACGGUAUGUCUGUGCUUUACGAUGAACCGGUCGUAUCAACACUACUACUUUGUUCCACUCAUCUCGUUCUGGUUUCUUGUUAUUUGUGCCACCAUGGCAGUAUGGCCGCGUGCGACAGCAACGCCAGCAGAAGCAAAUAGCCGUCAGUACAUGUAUGUAACAGUCAAGUUGGUUAUUCUCAUAAUGGCUGUGUCAGGCAUGUUUCUAACCUCGGCCGCAACUGAGAAGAUAUUUCUGUUACCGCCUAUUAGGACAUUGUUCGUGCUUGGAAAAAACUCUGUUAGGGAGUGGAUGUUCCGGUUGCAGCUGGACAGAUACAGUGCCAUCUACGGCAUGAUAUUUGCCUUCUGUUGUGCUCUGCUCAAGAAACUCAAAGUUCUUACUGACAGCGAAGAAAAUAUGCUGUUCUCAAAAUGUAUAUCUUGUUUUGUGACAGUAUUAUCUGUCUUUGGUAUAUUUAGUUACGCCAUUCUCGUUUCAUUCUGUCAUACUAAAGAGGAAUGCAAUAGAAUUCACCCCUACAUAACAUUCGUACCAAUACUUUCCUUUAUAUUAUUAAGAAAUACGUUUUAUGUCAUCCGGAGGAAAUAUAGUGCUGCUUUUGCCUGGGUCGGGAAGAUAUCACUAGAGUUAUUCAUAACGCAGUACCACGUCUGGCUUUCCGCUGACUCUAAGGGUGUCCUCGUUCUUAUCCCCGGCCAACCAUUGCUCAACUUCAUGACAACAACUUACAUCUUUGUGUGUCUCAGUCACGAAAUUCACACAGUCACAGGGACAUUGGCAAAACACGUUAUCCGAAAUAAUUAGUGCACGCUAGAACGAUAGCGAAAGAGAUAGUAUAGAGUAUCUGAUCAGGAUUUAGCUUGAUUGGACAAAACGUGUUGAUAAGGCUUAACUGUGGUCGGUCUGGUUUUCGUGUUUGGGGAUGGCUUGUCUGCCCGUGUAAAAUCGGUUGUAUUAAGUGCAACACAUUAUUUUGAACAAUCUGGUUAAAAUCUUCAGGUCAUUAUUUUUUGUCUCCAUCUACAUGGGUCAUGCACAUACAUUGAGAGAUCAAGUGAGUAUUGAAUUAUGUAACUUGAGACUGCUUGACUGUUUUACUACCUCCUGUAUAGAAUCCGGGGAUGAUGAUUGAGGUAUGUGUAAUACACUGAACUAGGAAUAUGGCCUCUUACGUAUGUAUGUGGUUUUUAUCAGGGCCUUGAUUAUUGGUUAUUCUUUUGAUGACAUUAACGAUGUUACUGUCUCUUCAAAUAAACAUGAGGUAAUCAGAACAUGAUUUGCACGUCCACACUUUUAUGCAAUUAAGAUGAGAGUAUUUUAGCCAUGAAACAUAUCAGGACAGUUGACCACGGGCACUCGCCAGCUAUUCAUCCCGCAGCUCCUCCUAAUGGGCUCUUGUAACUAUAUAAGGCCUCACGAGCGAGCCUGUUGGGACUAAUGUUUUGCCACCUUGUUUGCGAGCGUUCUUCCGAAAGGACAAUUUUUUGGUGAUUAUGAGGGAGAUAUCAGUGUGCGUAAGUGUUUUGCUUGGAAUUAUGAU